CGGAAACCAAUCGAUAAACGCGCACGAUGGGUUUGCUAACGAAUCCAUCCAUUUCGCAAAAGGCUAAAUAUUGCCGCAAGCUGGUCCGCUACAAUACGGCCAUCUGUCUGACGCUGUAUCUGCUGGGCGUUGGCUUUUUCUGCGCCCUGCCGGAUGCCAACUUUAACUCUGGCACCUACUUUUCCGAGAAUGCGCUACUGCCGGGACUGGUAAACUCCGAGCUGGAGAUGGAAACGGUCAAUCUGGUCAAAUCGCUGUCCGGUGAGUUGCAACGGGAGCGGGAAAACUACCCGAAAGGGAUGCCGUACCCGUGGCUGCUGGCAAAGAUGCGACGGUUCGGGCUGGAGACACACACGCACAACUUUACGCUCAACUAUCCGUUCGGGGGUGGAAAGCGCUUUAAAGGUGAAAACGUGUACGGCAUACUGCGCGCCCCGCGCAUUGCAUCCACAGAAGCGAUUGUGAUAAGCGUACCCUAUCGGCCACCGGAAACCGUCCACACGGACGUAUCGGCCGGUGUGCCGUUAAUGCUCGCGUUCGCCGAUUUUGCCCGCCGCAAGAAGUACUGGGCGAAGGACAUUAUUUUCCUCGUCACCGAGCAGGAGCAGCUGGGAAUGCAGGCCUGGCUGGAGGCGUACCAUGGCGGCGACGAGGGGCGAAUUCUCGAUUCGGGACUCUUGCGUGCUCGGGCCGGUUCCAUCCAAGCAGCCCUCAAUCUGGAAGUGCAAAGUUUGGACAUUAGUCAUAUAAACUUAAAAAUUGAAGGACUCAACGGACAGCUUCCCAAUCUGGACCUUCACAAUCUGGUGCAGAAACUUUCGUCGAAGAAUGGCAUAAUAGCGGGAUACAAACAAUCCUCCUCCAGCCCGAAACGAUCCUUCCGCUACCAGGACAAGCUGCUCAACCUGCUGUCGAUGGUGUUUUCGCAGGCGAGCGGCGUACCGACGGGAAAUCAUGGUCUUUUCCACAAGUACGGCAUCGAAGCGCUUACGCUCGAAGCGGUCAAGCGGGAACGGACGCAGCAGCAGCAGUUUCAGGAGGUCGGUUCGAUGCUGCGCAUCAUCGAGGGAAUUAGCCGCAGCUUGAACAAUCUGCUGGAGCGCUUUCAUCAGAGCUUUUUCUUCUAUCUGCUCGUCUCGAACGAUCGGUUCGUAUCGAUCGGCGACUACAUGCCCAGUCUGGCACUGAUGGCGGGUGCGCUGCUAAUCAAAGCGUUCAUCCACUACCUCUCGCUGUACUACACCGGGGACAAUGAUGAGACCGAAAAGAGCGAGGAAACGGAUGCGGUAGAAACGAAACAGAAGGCUGGAAAUAUCGACAUAGGGUAUUUCUCCGUCGGGAUCGUCCUGCUGGUAGCGCAUACGAUCGGUGCGCUGGUUGUGCUUCUGCCACAAAGCAAAGCCGUAAGCCACUAUCUACACGAGGCCGAGCUCUCCACACAGUUCGGACUGUUCAGUUUGUUCGUGGCCGUACUGGUAGUGGCCCUUACCCUUCCGGCGUUCUGUUCACUGAGUGGCAUCAACGGGGAAGCGUUACAUGUGGCCGUACUGCUCGAGCUCGGCACCGUACUGUUGGCGGUGGGAAUGCUCAACUUUUCCCUCGGGUUCAGCCUUUCCGUGCUGCUCGUACCUUUCAUUAUUCUUAUCCGACCGGUAGCAUCACGUGGUGCGAUGUUCCUUUCCCGUCUGUGCUGCUUGCUGAUAAACCCGCUGGUGGUGCUGUACUGCGUGCUGCUUGCUCUCACGUGGUAUCUGUUUCCCGAGCUAGCUUUAAAGCCAAUGCUUAACAAAGCCCUUACAGCCACGAUGGAUGCACUGACGUUCUCUGUGGUGGAUUCAAUGAUCUAUGGUAACUGGCUGUUCGAUAUGGUAUCGCUCAUCUUCGUCCCAUGCUGGGUAUUGCUGUGGGUACUUCUCUUCCCAAAGACUGCCACAAACGAUCGACAAACGGUGGGGCGAUAAAUGUUAAUAAAGACUAAUAUCGUGAAUGGCUAAAUAUGGCCACAAAUGAAUA